UCGUUUAUCCUCAUUCAUGUAAAACAUUCCCAAAUAUCUUCCCGUGGACUCGCUUCCCGCGUAUUCUGCAGGAGAUGUCCCCCUGCAUCUUGCUCGCAGGGCUCUGCAGCCUCCCUCUUGCUGUGGACCCUCAACGUCUUAAAGAGUGAUGAAUGACACUUCAGGUUAGUGCUUUACGUAUGGUCACUAAACAUCAUUUUGCUUCUUUACAGGUUGGGUUGUACUAGGUGACAAAGAAGAAGUCCAGAUGGUUUGUGCCGGACAAGAAUUCCGUUUACCGGUCUUUUCUACAUCUAGAACCGUGACUUUUACUCAGAAUUCCGCAGGACCGAGGCGGGUGCUCCUCGAGAAGACCAUUGUGAAUGACCCUCGGUUUGAGUGGACCAAAGAUAAAAUGCUGGUCCUGAAAAAUGUGACUCAUGCCGACCAGGGUCUUUAUUCUAUCAAACUGGCUUCUGGAUUCACCUAUGAGACUGUUCGUCUGACAGUUUCAGAAUGCAUCAAGUCCUACCACAGAAACUACGGCGAGAACUAUGAACACAGUAUCCCCGAGAAUGGAUUUGUAUUGGAGUUUGCUCCCCGAGGCGCUCCGUCUGAGGCGAUGCCGAUAGUCCUGUGGAACAGGACCGACCCUGAUACCGGCGUUGUGGGCCGAGGCCGCCUGCUACGAGAUAAGAAGGUCUGGGUGGCCGACAGAGUGACGCAAGCUGACCAAGGCAACUACACAGUGAGGGACGUUGAGGGGAAAGCGUUGUCUCGCAGCACCCUUACUGUCCGCGGACACACUUUCAACGUGACCCGCUUCACCAAAGAGUCUCUGAUCCUCCCCCUCUUCCUACCCGUACCACGUGCCUACCUUAUCUUUACCCCUUCUCGACACCCCGAUGAAUCCUCGUUGGGUCCUUUUGACUCCAAGCCUCCCCGCGGUCCUGUGCAGUUAAUGCGCGAGGGCCACAUAACCGACCACGACAUACGGUACAGGGGCCUGGUCACCGUUAGCAGGAACGGCUCUGUCAAUGAAGUGGUCAUAGCGAGGUUGAGCUCGAGACACGAUGGCGUCUACGAGAUCAGAGACAUAAAUGGCAACCUGGUGUCGUCCACCUUGUUGCAGGUGAUAGAAAGAGGAGGCAAAUGGCGAGCUCUUCUGAAGUCCAUCACUGUCCCAUCUGGCAUGUUUGUGUCACUGGCUGGUUUUAUCCUGUUCAUGAAGCGCUACCCCAACUGCAGUCUGUCGCAGAUCAUCGCAUGCCUCAGGACAAACCGUACACCGCAAGCCCAGCCUCAGAGGGUCAACAUCCAGAACUACAGCCAGCCGAGCCCUCAGCCUGCAGGUUACUAUAAUCACGGUCAACAGCUUGGGACACCGAGAAAAUGGACGCCGAGAGCCAGUCCAGUUCAUACUGGUUACACUCCUGUCAUGGUAGGAACUCCUCCCCGGCUUUCUCCCGCUCACGCGAGGUUGGAAAAUCAUGAUGGACAAAGAUCGACUUCUUUGAGCUCCCCCUGUCACAACUCUACUACUGAGGAAACAUCUAAUGAGGGCGAGAGGAGGAUUUUGUUUCCGGUGGCAGGAGCAUCAGAUUGUCUGCAGUCCUCCGAAGGUUGCGUUCAAUUCCAGAUCCAGAAGGAACCAGCUCAAAAAAGGAGCAACACCGAUGAAUAUUUUACCGCACUGCCGCUAGACACAGAUACGUCGGAAACCUGCAGCACCUACACUUCCGAGAAGCUGAACUUCUUAUAGUGCAUGGAGGGGUGGCAGCGAAGCAUGUGGACAAAAUUCAAGACAAGAAAAAAAAAUCACCUGUGCCUUUUGCAACGAAACCUAUGUUGUACUUCCAGUGGUUUGACCUCCAUAUUGCAUGCCAUUAUUGUCAGUGUAAUGGUAUUUUUGCAGCAUGAGCUGAAUAUUGUCCUUCCUGCUUCAUCCAUUUUUUCCACCCAGAGAUUCUGAAGUCUCCGCUGUCCUCUGAUGCUAUCUACCUCCAGACCCUCAGGACCACCGUGAUAUGCACUGUAUACUGUAAAUUUGCUGAAUCUGUCCGAGUGUUUGCGUGUGCGCUCAGUGAGCUCGCCACAUAUAUAGGGCUAUAAGUAGAAAUUAGGCAAUUUGAUAUAUGUGUUUGCAAAAGGGAACAAUGACUUACUGUACUAAUUUAGUAAUGGCAUUUAUUCUUGUCAUCGUGUUAACCUCUUCUAACUGCAAAGAAUAAUCCUAUUAAAUGGCUGUGAUGUAAUAUUGUGAUUUUAUCAUAAUUAUUGAGGCACUGUACAACUGUUUUAACGUUAUGUAAAAAAAACUUUUUCAAAAAAUCAAUAUUACACCAAAACAACCUGUAAACCUUGUCAAAAGCAAACUAUUGACCUCCAAAUCCCUUCAAAUAACAAAAAUGGCUGAACUUGUAAUAUUUUUGCAGUAUUAUAUCAUGUAUGAUUCCUUUUAAAAUAAAUAUAUAGCUAUUAGAUCCUACAGAAC